GCUUUGCAGCGUGUUUUUGACUGUGGUUGCGGCCGCAAGGAUGGCCUUGGAGGUGGCAAAGGAGAACAGGACGCAGAUGCACCCGACCGAAUGGGCGGUGUGGCAGUAUCACUUGGACAACUGUCCGGAGAUCCAGGAUGAGCACAUGCCGCGGCACUUCGAGGUGAAUGAGGAUGACCCAGCAGCUCGCGAUUUUUUUGUGGCUUUGAACCAUGUAGUCUUCAGCAAGGUGCUUGCGGAUGCCUGCGACUGCUUGCUGCUGGAGAUUCAGAAAUGGGUCGGAGAGUUGGAAGCGGAGAAGAAGGAUGUGGAGGACGAUUCUACAGGUGCCGUUUGA